AUGGCGCAGGUGCGUGUCCGCAUUGGCCUGGAAGCCCUUACCGCCGCCGUCACGGCGUGUGAGGGCAUGAGCGAGUGGCAGUGGGCCCUGCAGCUCUUUGCUGCUGAGAGUCAAGGAGGCGUGGAUGGCCUGGCAGCUGACGAGAUCCUUCUGAAUUCGGUGAUCGCUGCAGCGGCAGAGGGCCGCAAGUGGCAGCUGGCACUGAGCGUGCUUGCCGACUUUGACCGACUUGGGCUUCAAAAAACGGAAGUCACGUAUACUGCCGCGAUCAGCUCUUGCGAAUCAGAAGCCUUGUGGCAGCUGUCAGUGGCCCUCUUUGCGGAAGAGAUUGCGUGUGGUGUCCUUGCUGCUUCCUGCCCUGAUGGAACCCAAGCCGGCAGCGUUCUUUCCAUGAUACACAGGGCUGAGGGCAGGAGCAAGGCUGCGGCCUUCGCCGAGCGCCUAAGGCAGGUAUGGCUGCGCAAGGAUGCUACAGACCCACAGCCUGCGGGCACUGCGGACGGGCUUGGCUUGAAGGUUCUGGCGCGUGGACAUGGGGUGCUUGUGGUGGACAAGCCUUCAGGGAUGCUGUCCGAGGAGGUGUUCGAGUGCGUUAGCGCACAGCUCCGCCUUCCCGUGUCUUCAACAUCCCGCCUGGACCAACCAACCUCUGGUAUUCUUCCUGUUUGUUUGGGGAGCGAGACAGCUGGUGCCACAAACUGGUUGAGGGCCCAAUGGGCAGCGCGUCUUGUCUCGAAGUCCUAUCUUUGCCUGUCUGCUGGCAGCGCCAUGCGAGUUGGAUUCACUGCAGAAGUAGCAACAGCUCUCAGAGAAGUGCCUGGAGACUUGCGCUUGCAAGAAGUUUCAGCAGCUGGCCGGCCUGCCAGGACCAUCUUCACCGUCUUGGCAAGUUUCAGAGAUCCUGAUGGCCAGCCAGGUCCCGACGGCAAAGCCCCGUCGCUGAACCUGUUCCAGGUAAGAAUCUUGACAGGCCGAAAGCAUCAGAUCCGCGUACACUUGGCUAGCAUUGGCCAACCACUGGUGGGCGACAAGCUCUACCGGCCAGGUUGCGAUGUCGACUGGUGCCCUCGCAUGUUUUUGCAUUGUCGGCGCCUGGGCUUCAUGGACCUGGAAGGCCGGAGAAUGCUGAUCAAGUCUCCGCUACCACCGGAGCUCGCAGUUGCAACUUAUGACCAGUUCAAGACCAUCUAUGGCAACCUGGGAAUUAAGGGAUCCUCCAACGUGGUUGCCUCCUCCUUUACAGCUGGGCUGGUCUACUCCGUCAUCACCAUGCCGUUUGAGUCGGCGAAGAAUCGCAUGGCUUCGCAGAAGCCGGAUCCGGAAACCGGCAAACUCCCGUAUCGCGGCACGAUGCAGACCAUCCAAACUGUCGCAGGCAAGGAGGGCGCGAUGGCCCUCUAUAAUGGCUUUAUGCCGUACUGCUUGCGGUGUGGUGGCCAUACUGUGCUGAUGUUCUUCGCGGUCGAGGAGUUGCAGAAGAUGUGA